AAUUUCAACCUCUUCUUCACUUCAACUUACACCUCAACAAACUCCGGAUCAAAACACUUGUUUCAUAAUCAUUAUAAUUAAUCCCCUAAAAAACACCCCGCAAAGGUUUUCUUCUACUUCUUCUUGGAUCCUUUUAUACAAACCAAUGGAUGUCUUUAUAUCGGAAGAGUAUGUCAACCGCCGGAGAAUGGAGAAAAAAGCUGCCUCCGCUUCCGGCAAAAACAUGAUGUUAGGCUCUGGUUCAAGCAAGAGACCGGAUAAGAGAAAUAGUAGUAAUCCUCGGAUGUCGACAUCUCGGCCGGAUAAUGAGUUUCUCGUCACCGGUGGUGCAGGUGUUUAUGAGAGUUUUGUGUUCCACUGCUUCUCGCCGUGAAAACCACCAAAGCGUUCGAGAUUAAGUGUUCAAAAGCGCAUAUGCAUGGUCAGUUAUUAGUUGUAGCUCUUGUAUGUCUGGCUUCGGUUUAACAAUCUACUUAAAUUUAGUAUGUUGUUAAUUUAUAAAUUCACAAAUCACAACUCUUCGGUAAACAUGAAAUCUGAAUGAUGGUGUGAUUCACAA